UCAGUAAUAUAUUGUCGGGAAACCGUUCAGGCAUUUUCACAAACACUUACCGGGCAGCUUUUGAUCAUGGAGAAGCAAGCCGCGCCGCCGACGCAGAUGACGUACAUACAGGCGGACGUCGCCACCUUCAAAGACCUGGUUCAGAAACUCACCGGCGGAUCACCGCACAAGCUGCGGCCAAAGGCCGCCCUCCAUCGGAAGUCGCCCUUCAAGCUUCGAGACAGGAGGAAGCAUUCCGUCCGCGAUCUCGAGAUAAUAUCGGCCGGAAAUUGCUCGCCGGCUCGGACAAUUGGGCAGCUUUCCGACUCUCCGGUGGACGGGCCGGGGACGCCGAUUGGGUGUGAGUCGGCGGUAAUAAGGAAUGAGUCGCCGGCGUCUGAGGAGGAGAGGGCCAUUGCGGAGAAUGGGUUUUAUUUGCAUAUGUCGCCGGCGAAAGCUGAACCGCCGGUUCUAUUGGCUCUGUUUCCUUUGACUUCUCGAAAUAAGGAGUUUUAAUUUAUUUAUUUUAUUAGAUAAUUAAUCUAUACUUUAGUUUGCUAACUAAUUGUACUUAGAAUUGAAUUUAAAAUAAAAAACAAUUUAGCUACCGUUUGGUUACAUGUUCAAAUUUAAGAUGGGUGUUGGAUUUGAACUGAAUUACUUUAUAACUUAUAUAUAUAUAUUGGAUAUAGAUCUUGUUAAUC